AGUUUAAUCCAUACAAAUGAUGAUAAGAAAUAUACAUCGAAUAUUCAAUUAAUGAAUUGAUUCUCUUCGAAUCAUAGAAGACAAUCAUCCAAUUACCAUGAUCAUUCAUCAUUAUGAUUAUGUAAUACAUCAACCAUUGAUUACAUUAUCAUUAUCUAAACUAUAUUUUUAUAUCAACUUUCUAUUCUACUUUAUAUUAUGUUUAUCUAUUCAUGAGAAUACAAUACAAAAUAUUAAUGAAUUAACAUUUACAAUAAAAGAAGAAUUACCCAUAGGUACAAUUAUUGCAUCAAAUAUACAAUUAGGCAAUUUAUUUUUACAUUUUAAUCACUAUGGUAACAUUGAAAAUAUGACAAAUAUUAUUAAAAUAUUAAAUCUGAAAGAUCCAGGUAUAAAUUGUUUUCAUUUUCAAUGGUUACCAUUAAAACCAUUCAAUAAUUCGAAUAGAAAUCAAUUACAAUUGAUUAUUACAGAUCGAAUUGAUCGUGAAAUCAUAUGUCCAAUUAAAACUCAUGAAUUACGUAAUAGUAAUAAUAAUAAUAAUAAUAAUAAUAUGAAUGAUCCUAAUCAUCUUGAUCUGGAUCAUAUCAAUGAUCUACAAUCUAUAAAUUCUGAUUGUAUCAUUACAUUAAAAAUAGCAUUAUUUAUAAAUAAUCUACAAAAAAUUUAUCAAAUUCAUAUUUAUAUAGAAGAUAUUAAUGAUAAUCCACCAAAAUGGAAUAUGAAUAAUCUAACAAUCUAUUUUCAUGAUGAAGAUCCACCAGGGACAAAACAAUCUAUAUUAUUAGCUUAUGAUAUAGAUAUUGAUAUGAAUGCUAAAAUUACAUAUCAAUUAUUAAAUAAUGAUAUAUAUUCUUAUCAAUUCAAUCAUAGAAAUUAUAAUCAUAAUGAUAAUCAUAAUUUGAAUUUGCGCGGUACCGAUAUAUUUGAAUUAGUUCAAGAAACAUUGAAUCAUGAACGUUUAUAUUUAAGAACACGAUAUACAUUAGAUCGUGAAUCGAAACCUAAUGGUUGGAAUUUAUUAUUAUUAGCUAUUAAUAAUGAUAGUUUAAUACAAUUAAGUAGUCAAUUAUUAUUACAUAUUCAUUUAAUUGAUAUUAAUGAUAAUAGUCCUAUAUUUACACAAACAUUAUAUAAACCACAAUUACCAAAUCAAAAAAUUGGUAUUAUCCCUGAAAAUUAUCCUAUUAAUAAAACAAUCUUAAAAGUAUCAGCUACAGAUAUAGAUGAAGGUGAAAAUGCUCAAUUAACUUAUCAUUUAGCCUUAGAUACUACUAAUCAAUUAUUAUGUCAUUUUUUUAAUUUAACACAAAAUGGUGAAUUAUAUCUUAUUCAAUCAUUAAAUGUAGAUAGAAUAACACAAAUUAAUUCAACUCGUUUAUAUUUACCAAUAACAAUGAUUAAUUUAGAUGUGAUUGUUAUAGAUGGUGCUAUGAUACCAUAUAGUAAAACUGGAUCAACUACUAUUCAAUUACAAAUAGAGAAUAUUGAUGAUGAACCACCUGAGAUCUAUAUACAUCCUAUUCAAUCUCUACAACAACACCAUGAGCAACAACAAGAUGAUCAUUCCAUAUUACAUAAUCAACAAUUCUAUGAAACAGAGAUUGGUGUCUAUGAAAAUCAAACUAUUGGACAAUUAAUUGCUUUAAUUGAAGUAAAAGAUCCUGAUGAUUUAUUGAAUCCAACUACGAUCCAAUGUAGAUUAAUUGGUUCUAAUUCGAAUGAUUUUUAUUUAUCUUAUCAUAAUUCAAUCAAUAAUGAAUAUCAAUUAUAUACUAAUACAAUAUUAGAUCGUGAAAUACAAUCUAAAUUAUUAUUAUCCAUUGAAUGUAAAGAUUUAGCUAAUCAUAUUACAUUACAUAAUUUGAUAAUACAUAUAUUAGAUAUAAAUGAUCAUCAACCACAAUGUAUGGAAUCUCAUUAUUAUUAUUCAUUAUAUGAAGAUGAUAAUGAACAAGAAGAUCAGGAUAAUGAUGAUGAUGAUCUUGAUCCAGAUCCUGAUCAUGGUGUAAAUUAUCAAUUGGAUAAAACAAUGAAAAAUCGUACAUGGUUAACAUCAAAUGGUUUAGCUUAUAUUUUAGCAACUGAUAAUGAUAUUGGUAUAAAUAGUCAAUUAAUUUAUGAAUUAUCUAAUGAAUCCAUUGAAAAGAUCAAUUAUAAAUUUACAAUUCAUUCUAAUACUGGACAAUUAUUUGCAUGGGGACCAUUUGAUCGGGAAUCUAUAUCAAUUUAUGAAUUAAUCGUUAUAGUAAAAGAUAAUGGUAACCCUAUACAAUUAAGUACAAAUUGCUUAGUAACUAUCAAUAUAUUAGAUAUUAAUGAUAAUAUACCAAUAUUUCAUCCACAAUUAAAUAUUAUUGGAGGUUAUUUAUUUCAUAUUAAAGAGAAUCAAUUACCUGGUACAUAUAUUGGACAAAUUCAAGCCUAUGAUUUAGAUGAUUUACCAGCUUCCAUAGAUAUAACACAAUUAUUUCAUGCAUAUGAUCAAUCGAAUUCCUUAUUAGUAUUAUCAUCAUCCUCAUCAUCAUCAUCUAAUAUCCAUAAUGUUAAUAAUGAUGAAUUGAAAGGGAUUCUAAGUAGUAUGGAUAAAAAAUUAACAUAUUCAUUAAAAAAUGAAUAUCAUUAACAAAGUUUCGUAUGAUCCUAAAACUGGAGUUAUUAUUACACG